AUGGCCAAGUCCAGAAGCAGCCUUAGCCAGUGCCCAAACAAUAUGGAAGCACAGAAUCUAACACGUGUCUCAGAAUUUCAUAUUAUGGCUCUUUCAGAGGAUCCUCACUUGCAACACAUUUUCUUUGGUCUACUCCUGUCCAUGUACUUAGUCACAGUGCUUGGGAACCUGCUCAUUAUUUUGGUUGUCAACUCUGAUUCCCACCUCCAUACCCCCAUGUACUUCUUCCUCUCCAGCCUGUCCUUUUCUGACAUCUGCUUAAUCUCUACCACGGUCCCAAAGAUGAUUGUGGACAUCCGUUCUCAGAAUACAGUCAUCUCCUAUGCAGGCUGUCUGAUGCAGAUGUCUUUGUUUCUCAUCUUUGUCUUUAUGGAUGACAUGCGUCUGACAGUGAUGGCCUAUGACAGGUUUGCAGCCAUCUGUCACCCCCUGCAUUAUCAGGUCAUCAUGAAACCUACUCUCUGUAGAUACUUAGUUUUUGUGUCUUUUUUGUUGCGUCUUUUUAUGUCCCAGGUGCAUAAUUUGAUUGCCUUACACUUUACCUACUUACAGGAUUUGGAAAUUGCUAAUUUCUUCUGUGACCCCUCUCAGCUGUUGAAUCUUGCCUGUUCUGAUACUCCUACCAAAAGUACAAUAAUUUAUUUUGUUGUAAUCAUCUCUGGUUUUCUUCCUCUCUCAGGAAUCUUUUUCUCCUACUAUAAAAUUGUUUCUUCCAUCCUGAGACUCCCAUCAUCAGGUGGGAAGAGUAAAGCCUUCUCCACCUAUGGGUCUCAACUUUCAGUUGUCUGCUUAACUUAUGGAACAGCCAUUGGAGAUUACCUUGCAUCUGCUGCUUCAAUUUCUCCUAGGAAAAGUGCAGUGGCCUCAAUGGGGUACACAGUUUUCACCCCUAUGCUCAAUCCUUUCAUCUACAGCCUGAGGAACAAUGACAUUAAAAGUGCCCUGUGGAGAAUAGGGAACAGAAGGAGCUAA